CUGUAACGUUUAUUACAAUACCUAAUUAAAAUCUUAUGACGGAUACGUUUGGCUUUUGUAUUUUUAGUAAAUUCUUAAUAUCCUGUUCAAAUUCGCAGAUAAAUUAUAAAUAAAGGUUUUUAAAAAAAGGUUAAAAAAAGGUUCUAUUAGCGACAAGCGGCUGUUAUCACCGAUAGAAUGGUUGAUAACGGUUGAUAACAGCCUGCUAGCAGGUAGAGCAGGGACCAACUGAGGCCAUUCAAUGGGGCUGAUAACCACUGAUAAUCGCCAAGUAGUUAUGUCUCGACUUAGAAUUGGGCAUUCUGGACUUAAUAGUUCGCUCUUUAAAAUAGGAAAGCAUGGGAAUGGGGCUUGUAAUUAUUGCAAUCAGGUGGAAACAGUGGAGCAUGUCUUGUUAGAAUGUGAUAAAUACUCAGAGGAACGCCAGAUUUUAAAGUCGUUACUAAGUAGAAAGAAUAUAGGACUGUCUAUGAUUAGUCUAUUGGAUAAUAAAUCAAGUUAUGUUAGGAAUCUCUUAUUUAGGUUCUUAAUUAACACUGGGUUAAUGAGUCGUAUUUAGGAUAUGAACAAAUAUUUAUGUGCAUGCUAGUGCAUGCUCAUGCAUUUAUUCAGGUAUUAAUGAGUGUGUUAGGAUGUGAAUUUGCACAUCCUACACAUCAUUGAGGUGGAUUUAAUUCCCUCUGAGAUCUCUGAUGACCACACUCCAGUCUGGUAGGUGGCGGUAAAUGCACCUUAAGUUGGAUGCCAGCCGCCAAUAAAAAGCAAAAGAAGAAGAAGAAGAAAAAGAAGAAGAAGAAGACACUCCUUCACUCGGUGAGUUACUCUGAGUUUUAACGGCUCGUUUUGCUCCGCGACGCUAAUCUUUACCGGCGGAUUUCAAACAACGGAGGGUUUAUUCUGCAUUUAAUGGUUUCGUUUCUACCGGUUAUAAAACAUCGCUGUGAAGUUUUCUGCGGUCCGUUCGGUGUGUUGCUCUCUGCUAACCGGAGCUUUAACGGCGUCCGCAGGCUGUCAGACCGCGGAGAGACGCUUCUGUCUGCGGCCACCAUGGCUUCCUUUAGCGGUACCGGAGGAAGGCGAGAGGAGAAGGGCCGGAAUAUCCAGGUGGUGGUCCGGUGCAGGCCUUUCGACACCAUGGAGCACAGGUCGUCUCACGGAGUCAUCGACUGCGACCAGAGCAGGAAUGAGGUGCUGGUCAGGACAGGCGGCGUGAACGACAAGUCCUCCAGGAAGACCUACACCUUCGACAUGGUUUUCGGCCCGGCUGCGAAGCAGAUCGAUGUCUACCGCAGCGUGGUGUGUCCCAUCCUGGACGAGGUUAUUAUGGGAUACAACUGCACCGUGUUUGCCUACGGUCAGACAGGAACCGGGAAGACCUUCACCAUGGAGGGGGAGCGGACUCCGAACGCGAGGUUCACCUGGGAGAAAGACCCGCUGGCCGGCAUCAUCCCCCGGACGCUGCACCAGAUCUUCGAGAAGCUCAGCGAGAACGGCAGCGAGUUCUCCGUCAAGGUUUCUCUGCUGGAGAUCUACAACGAGGAGCUGUUCGACCUGCUGAGCCCCACCGAGGACGUCAACGAGCGCCUGCAGCUGUUUGACGACCCCCACAACAAGCGCGGCGUGGUGGUGAAGGGGCUGGAGGAGGUGGUGGUCCACAACAAGAACGAGGUUUACCAGAUCCUGGAGCGAGGAGCAGCCAAGAGGCGGACGGCCUCCACCCUGAUGAACGCCUACUCCAGCCGCUCCCACUCCGUGUUCUCCGUCAUCAUCCACAUGAUGGAGAUCACCCUGGAUGGCAAGGAGCGGGUGAAGAUCGGCAAGCUCAACCUGGUGGACCUCGCCGGCAGCGAGAACAUCGGCCGCUCCGGAGCUAUGGGCCAGCGGGCCCGCGAGGCCGGGAACAUCAACCAGUCGCUGCUGACGCUGGGCCGGGUCAUCACCGCCCUGGUGGAGAAGAGGUCCCACGUCCCGUACAGAGAGUCCAAACUCACCAGGAUCCUGCAGGAUUCGCUGGGCGGACGCACUAAGACCUCCAUCAUUGCCACCGUGUCGCCGUCCUCCAGCAACCUGGAGGAGACGCUGAGCACGCUGGCGUACGCCAGCCGAGCCAAGAACAUCAUCAACAAACCCGAGGUCAACCAGAAGCUCACCAAGCGGACCCUGAUCAAGGAAUACACGGAGGAGAUCGAGCAGCUCAAACGGGACCUGGCCGCCACCCGAAAGAAAAACUGUGUUUUCCUUUCAUCAGAGAAAUAUGAGAACAUGGUGACCCAGAUCACGGCUCAGGAGGAGCAGAUCGUCAUGAUGGAGGAGGAGCUCAAGAAGGUGAACGAUCUGUUCCUGGACAGUAAGAGCCGGCUGGAGCAGUGCAGCAUGGACCUGGAUGAGAAGCAGCAGAGGCUGGAGGAGACCAGCAGGCAUCUGGAGAAGACCAAGGAGAAGCUAGUGGAGAAGGAGAUCGUCUGCUCGGAGCUCAGCUCGGCCCACGAGUCGCUGUACAGCGCCGCCGGACAGCUGCUGAGCGCCGUCGGUGAGAGCACCGGCGACGUGUCGGGUCUCCACGCCAAGCUGGACCGCAAGACCAAGGUGGAGCAGCACAACAUGCAGAUGCAGCAGAGCUUCUCCCAGAGGAUGGACGGCGCCUUCAGCAGCCUGCAGCGCAGCGUGCAGCGUUACGGCGCCGCCCACGACCGCACGCUGACCGGCUACGCCCACGCCGUGGACGGCCUGCUGGUGGGGAACGAGGCCACGCUGCGGGGCGCCCUGGUUGCUGUGGAAACGCUGGUGGGUAGACUCCAGGCGCUGGUGGCGGACGGCGCCGCCUGCUGCCGGGAGAAGGUGGAGCGGCACGAGGCGCUGACCCGGGAGCAGAGGGAGGUUCUGCUGCAGCUGCUGGAGGAGCACCAUCAGGAUGUUCUGGACGUGCGGACGCUGCCGGGUCUGACCGCCAUCAGGGAGCUCAGUGACGCCCUGCAGGUUUCCAUGGAGACGCAGCGGGAUCUGGCCGAUCAGGUGGAGGCGAUGAAGGAGACCGGAGUCUUCCUCAGGGCUCUGGUUCUGGACCUGGCGGCGCUGCGUCAGGACGCUCGGACCGGACUGAGCGCGCUCCAGGAGGAGCUGAAGCAGCAGAUCCAACGGGCCCAGCAGCGCCACCAGCAGGGGAUGAACCGGACCAUAAAGGUCCUGCAGAACCAGAUGAACCUGGUUACCAUGGAAACCCAGCAGGACUACAGCAAGCUGCACUUGGCCUCCAGUACCCUGCAGGGCCUGGUUGAGGAGCUGCAGCAGAACCUCAGCAGCCGCUGCGGCGCGGUGGAGCAGCGUUCUUCGUCGCAGGCGGCGCGUCUGCUCUCCUCCUCCUCCUCUCUGGCCUCUUCGCUGCGCCAGGCGGCCCGUCAGAACCGGGUUGUGCUGGAGGAGAUGAGCGACCGCUCUUCGGACCUCCACGGCGCUGUGUCAGGCCUGGUGGAAUGGGACGCAGAGUGGACCUCCAGAACCAGGGAGCUGGCGGCCCGCCGGGCCCAGGACCAGCUGGUUCUGAUGGAGCAGCUGGCAGAAAAGGCCCAGAGUCUCAAUCAGGGUGUGGAGACUCGAGGUGCCGAGAUGCUUCGGGCCGCCGAGGCGGACCUGAGAGGCCGGCAGAAGGAGAACCGGCAGGUUCUGACGGAUGUCCAGAAGCAGAUGGGUUUGGACCAGGCGGUUCUGGAGCGGAAGCGGGUGGAGCUGCAGGAACAGCUGGAUGCGGGUCAGCAGCUGGUCCGAAGGUUCCUGCUGGAGGAGCUGCAGCAGGACGUUCCUACUGGUGUGAGUCCUCGGCGCCGGGGGUUUGUUUAUGGAAGGGUUCAGAAGAGGAGCGUCAAGCGCAGCAAGCUGCCAAGGAUGAGGCAGAAGGAGGCGGAGGAGGAGGACAGGCAGAGCAAGGACUCCCUGGAGAACGAUCUCAGCUCCUGCUGCAAGAAUCUGGCCGCCGAGCCGCCCUUCGUCGACGAGAAGAAGAAAGACAGCAGGAAGAAGUACCCCAUCAGGUCAAAAAUGGCGGCCAGCAAAGGCCAGGGCCCUCCAUAAAGUCGCCGCUGCGCUAAGGAGAACUGAACCUGCCGCAUGUAAAUAUGUAAUAUGUCACGUGUAAAAAUAUUUGUGUCAAAGAAACAUUUCUGUUUGUUUUUUAGUCAAGUUAUUUUGUAAUUUUAAUUUGUAAUAAAACUUGACUCAUU